CAAGGCAGAGCUCAGUGAGGUUUAGGCAGCAUUGCUACAGCCUGUAGGUAAAGCUUCCAAACUCUGUAACUGCCCACAUCUUUAAAGAGCAAUAGUCUGUGAAGGAAGACUUGUAACCUGGAAAAGAGGUAACCAAAACUUCAGGAGUUCCCACCGAUUCUCAACCUAGCAAGGUGUCCUGGAUGUCUUAACCUGAGGGGUUGCUGCUAAACCUGUCAUUUACUCCAUCCUUUAUAGUGAUGCUACAGGACGGAGAGGAAUGGAUAAAAACAUGGGUGAGCAACUCAAUAAAGCUUACGAAGCCUUCCGACAGGCAUGCAUGGAUAGAGAUUCUGCAAUAAAAGAACUGCAACAAAAGCAGACUGAGAACUAUGAGCAGAGAAUACGUGAGCAACAGGAACAGCUGUCACUUCAACAAACUAUUAUUGACAAGCUAAAAUCACAGUUACUUCUUGUGAAUUCCAGUCGAGAUAACAGUUAUGGCUGUGUUCCCCUGCUUGAAGACAGUGAAGCAAGGAAGAAUAAUUUGACUCUUGACCAGCCACAUGAUAAAGUAAAAUCAGGAAUACCAAGAGAAAAAGAAUCAAAGGAAAGAAGACAAGAAGUUUCUUCUCCUAGAAAAGAAACUUCACCAAGGAAUCUUGGUGUUCCUUUAUUCCAUGAAAGCAGUUAUCUAGAGAAAACUUUCUGGGACCUGAAAGAAGAAUUUCAUAGAAUAUGUAUGCUAGCAAAAGCACAGAAAGACCACUUAAGCAAACUUAGUAUCCCAGCCACUGGAAAUGAAACACAGUGCUCAGUGCCUAUACAGUGUACAGAUAAAAUAGAUAAACAAGAAGUGCUAUUUAAGCCUCAGGCUCAAGAUGAUAUAAAUAGAGGUACACCAUGCAUCACAUCUGUCACACCAAGAGGACCGGGCCGAGAGGAGGAAGACACCUCUUUUGAAUCACUUUCUAAAUUCAAUGUCAAGUUUCCACCUGUGGACAGUGACUCUGCUUUCUUACACAGCACUCCAGAAAGACCCAACCUCCUUGGUCCUGCCACAUCUGAGGGUGCAUGCCAGGAAAAAUGUAAUUUGGAGCUCAGAGACAAUCCAGGAAACUUUGUUAAAACAGAAGAAACUUUAUUUGAAAUUCAGGGAAUUGACCCCAUAGCUUCAGCUAUACAAAACCUUAAAACAACUGAAAAAACAAAACCUUCAAAUCUUGUGAACACUUGUAACAGGACAACGCUGGAUAGAGCUCCGUGUUUGCCACCUGGAGACCAUAAUACAUUUUAUGUAAAUACAUUCCCACUUCAGGACCUGUCUGACGCACCUUUUCCUUCACUUGAUUCCCCAGGAAAAGCUAUCCGAGGACCACAGCAGCCUGUUUGGAAGCCCUUUCCUAAUCAAGACCGGGACUUAUCUGUACUAAGUGGCACAGGCUCAGAACUGCAUAUACCUCAAGUAUGUGAAUUCUGUCAAGCAGUUUUCCCACCAUCCAUUACAUCCAGGGGGGAUUUCUUCCGGCAUCUUAAUUCACACUUUAAUGGGAAGACUUAAGACGAAUUUGAAAGCAGACAUAUCAAGUUCUAUAUGAUGAUUUGGGGUUUGUGAUACUAUAAAUACUUGAUGGCAAACUUAAUACAUUUAUUAAAACAUCACAGCUAAUUGAAUUUUUUCUAAAUGUAUAUGUAACUUUUAUUGUCUUUUAAAAGGUCAUUCUGUACAAAACUGUUAUUCAUUGUAUUCAUGUUUACAGUGUUUAUUACUGUAAUUCAAAAUUAUGUAUGUGACUUACAGAAUUAUAUAACCAUAAUUUAUGUUCGUUUCAAAUAUCUAAGCUUAUUGCUUGGAUUUCUAGUUAGAUAUAUUGAGUUUGGUAAUGUCAAAUGUUUAUAGGGUUUUUUCAUUUGUUUUCAUUUAAAAAUUUAGAUUAUGCUAUAGGUGAUAUUCUUUUUGAAUAAACCUGUAAUAGAGAAUAACAGACAAUAUAAACAUCUAAGUAAAUACCAAACCUAAGACAUUUGUUGCCCAGUGAUAAAAUCACUGGUAGAAUUAUUUGAACACUUUGGGUUGUUUUUUUAAGUGAUAUACAUAGUUUUAAUUUUUACUGUGUGUAUAGCUAUGUGAUAGAAUGAGUUAAAUAUUAAGAGUUACUUAUUUUGUGAUCAUUAAUGUGUUCUUUGUUCCUAAAGUAAAAAAUACAAAGGAAAUAAAUCACAUUUUG